AUGGCAACAACCACAAUUACAAUUCCACCAGCAGCAACGACAGAAAAACAAACAACCUUCUCACCCAAGCAAGAAACAUCUGAGAAAGAUUUAUAUGAAAAAUCAUGGGAGGAAAAAUUGUCUUAUAUCUUUUCGAUAAGAUUCAUAUUAAUCUUAUUGCUUGGACAAAUUCUUUCGUUCUGUAUCACCGCGACAUCUGUGACCACACAGAAACUCGCGAUAGAUUACGGAGCAAAUUUUCCGACUACACAGAAUUUGUUUAAUUAUAUUCUGUUAUGCGUUGUGUUUACGGGGAUUACUAUUUGGAAGUUGGCCUUAGUUGAUGUAGAAGGAAACUACUUUGUAGUAAAAGCAUACACAUACACAUACACAACAAUCUUAUCGGCAAUGUUACUCGAUGCAUGGACAAUUCCCGUAGUAGUUGCUUUAAAAUUGACAGAUAUAGUGGUAGAUACGGGCGAUCAAGUAAAAGGCGAUCUUUUUUGUCUGCUUGGCGCAACAUUUUAUGUGCUGUCGAAUGUCGGCGAAGAGUAUCUCGUUAGACAGUUUCCAUUUAGUUUUAUUAUUAGAUCGAUUUUGGAGCGUAAAGAGUUGCAUGAUAAUAAUUGGACCGGCGGAAUGGUUGGCCUAAUAAUCGCAUACUUGCUCGCAAUGUUCGUCUUGUACAUGCUCACGCCAGUGCUUUUCCGAAAAUCUUCCGCGGCAUUCUUCAACAUCUCGUUGUUGACAAGUGACUUUUAUACAUUGUCGCUUGGAUUGCGAUUAUUUGAUUUAAAGAUGUAUCCAUUAUACCCACUCUGGUAUUCCAUGAUAAUUCUCGGCUGUGUUAUUUAUUACGUGUACCCAGCGACGCAACCUAAAAUCAAAGAUAAACAAGAGUUGGAAAUUGAGAAUACGACACUGGAAAACAAUGAGAAAGAGUCUGAAGUAGUGGAAAAGUCUAUGUCAAAGUCUGAAGCAGUGUAA